ACUAUGUUGAUGCACGGUAAGAGGUCGAUUCUGUUUAUAAAACCGAUUGUGAUUUAUUGCAAUAUUUUUGGUGUCAUACCUCUGUAUAAUUUCGAGAAGAGAGAAGUGUCAAUAAAUAAUUGGUACUACAGUUGGGUGGCUUUACAUUGGAUGUUUAUGCUCGUCAUGCUAAUAUACGAAUAUUUCGUAAAAUGUGUGGAACUGAAAGCAAAGAAUUCCGAAUACGUAUUUUUAAUAUUUGAAACGAUAACUACCUUGUUGGGAACGCUGACGAUAUUCAUGAUGUUGUUUAACGGGCAUUGCAAAACUAAGCAAUGGGAGGAACUUUUCAGACGGAUUUCCUUUAUGGAGAAUAUUGUUAAUUUAAACACCGAACACAUGAAAGAGACGAAUUUCUUUAAAUGCCCGUUUUUGCAUUUUAUCUGCAUAAAUUUUAUUUUUUUUAUCUUAAAUAUCACUCGGGUGGACAGUAAAUACUUUCCUCUCAAUCACCGACAGAUAACGUUUUACUACAGUUUCCUGUACUUACUGAUUCAAAGCAAUUUCACGUCGUCCAUAUUGUACAAAUACGAAGAUAUAAACAGAAAUUUGUUGAAAUUGAGGAAAGCGAAUGUUUUACAAUCGACCACUGCUCUAAGGAGGAUUAAGAAAUGUCGAAAAAUGUAUCAUGAAAUGGGGAAGAUCAUCGGUAUUUUGAACGACCUGUUUGGAUUUCCUUUAUUUUCAAUAUACGGAUUUUGUGGAUGUCAAAUUUUAUACCUCUGCACCGACGUAUAUGUAAUUGUAGCCAUUCCUACCCAUAUGGCUGCUUACUCCUGGCCAUUGAAUUCUGCUCUUGUCACCGUGUUGGUUGUACUGACCCUGUGGAUCACAUCGAUUCACUACGACAUGGUGUCCAGUCAAUCCAAUAAGCUAGUAACAACUUGCUAUGCGAUCCAGAAAAACCUGAAUAUUUUUUGCGAGAGGAGGCAGGAACUUGUCGAUUUCUGCGAUCAAAUCGAAAUGAGGAAAGUCAAAUUUAGUGCCGCCCGAUUUUUCACCAUAAAUCGAUCAGUUAUCUUCACUCAUGUUAGUGUGGCCGCCAGUUAUUUUAUAGUGAUAGUGCAAUUUCUAAAUGCCGAUAAAAAAGAUCGGGAACUAUCAUAACAAAGAAGCAAUUUGAAAAAUAUUGUUUACAUUCCCGGUCUGAAAAAGGUGUUUGUGAGUCAAGAUUUUCCAAAGUAGAUAAAAUUGUUACGAGUGU